AUGAAUGGGAGCCGCCAAACGUCUUCCGCUGCUGACAUGUUUAUUCCUUUUUCUGGACCUGCAGCCUCAGGCUGCACACGUUCGAAUUUCGUCAAUCCGGAGAACUCAGGCUUCCGCGAGAGGAAGACCGAGAGAGCCGCCUGGCUUCUGGUCUAUAUAAAGCGUCGUCUGCUAUUCCGUUGCUCUUCCCUCCAUCCACCUCCCCAUCCAAGCUACAACCAUCUUCUUCUUUCGCCUUCACUUUCAAACAAACCAUCGAUAUUUUUUAAUAAAUUCUCCACUUGUUGCUGUGCAAUCAAGUUCCUCCACUUCUUUACUAUUUCUAUCAUCGUCAAGGACUGGUUCUUCCAAGACUUCUUUUUUCUCCGCGCUUCUCGAUAUACCGGUGAUUGUUCUCUUUGCUGCCUAUUCUCUCUGGUGCAAGACCCCCGCUCGAAGAUCGUGUUUAGAACCUGUAGUGACUUUAACUCAACAAUUCAGGCCAGCAGAAUGAUUCGAGUCAACCGUUUGAGCAACCGAGUGUUUGUCGCGCAAUUUAAGGAUCCGACUCACGGAGCCAGAGGCUGCGACACGAGGCAUUUGAUCGUCGUUCCGACUGACCAAGAUUGCACAGCAUACGGCAUCCGGGCGAGUGCCCGUCGGCACGGCUUCUACGAAGUGUAUCUGCAGUUCUUCCCCAGCCAGCGCCAGCUGUUCCGCGACAUCGGCCCGCUCCGGCCCAUCAUCCGUCUAGGAAAUCCGUCCGACUCCCAACCGAACGGGACGAACGCCUUCAGAGUCAGAGUGCUCGAUACCAAGCACGUUGUAUGGUAUCGCUCGGUCCAUGGACAAUGGUGCUGUAGGGAUUGGGUCCUCGACGUGCUUUAUGCCGAGCUCGACCACCAGGCUUUUCCCCUCGAGCGGCUGUGGAAACUCAUCGACCACUUGGAACAUCGUCGCAGGUCCAGCGCAGUCGCCAGCGCCCCAUCAUCAUCACCAUCUUUUGACCGGUAA